ACGGAAUAUAAAUUAAUAAUGGAUAACCAGAAUUUGUUGUUUGUGGAAUAUGACUUAAGUGUUAAUGUUGUUGCUGUUGCUAAUGCUGAUGCCAGGGGCGAUGGUGGUGAUACCGAUGCCAAUUAUGAUGUCGCUGCGAAUAGUGAUCGUGAUUCUGAUGUCACUGGUGAUGGCGACGUCGAUGCCAAUUUUGACGCUGUUGGUGUUGUCAAUGGUGAUGAUAUUGGUGUAGUCAAUGGUGAUGCCAAUGGUGAUGAUCAUGUCAAUGGUGAUGAUCAUGUCAAUGGUGAUGCUAAUGUCAGUGGUGAUGUGAUUACCAGUGGCGAUGUUAUUGCUAUUGGUUAUGGUUAUGCUAACGGUAAUAGUGACGGCGUUGUCAACGUUAAUGCUGCUGAUGCUGAUGCAAAGCGUAGAGGUGGUGACAUCUGUCCAGUCUGCUUAAAUGCAAUUGAUAUAUACUGCGUAGGGGCAUGUAAUCAUCCACUUUGUUUGGAUUGUUGGGCUCGAUUGAUAAUAAUUCAUGAAGACGAAUUAUGUCCACUUUGCCGUAGACUUAUACGUAAUCCAUUAAUUACAGAGGUCAAAGCUACGUAUAAAAUUCCACUUAAACAACAUGAAAAAAUUACAUCCGAUUAUAAUCAAAUUAUUAAUUCUUCAAGUGCAAAGAUAAUAAAUGCAUUCAAUAAUCUUGUGCAACAUCAAUGUCCAAAGUGUCCUUCGCGUGUAUUUAAAAUGUUGGAAAGAUUACAGCAACAUAUGGCCACCAAGCACAAAUUAUAUUAUUGUGAUGUGUGUAUAAGCAAAUUAGAUAUGUUCACGCGUGACCGCAUUUAUUACACCUCAAAUCAAUUAAAAUAUCAUGUUGAAAAAGGUGAUCGAGGAGGUCUAACACGAAAUUAUCAUCCACUUUGUGACUUUUGCCAUAUAAGGUUGUUUAACCUUAAAGAAUAUGUUGAUCAUUUUAUUUUAAAACAUUAUUAUUGUCCUUUGUGCCGUGCUCAGCAAGCUCUUUUUCUAUUUGGAAGCUAUCAUAAAUUACUUAAACAUCUCGACGAAUAUCACUUUCCGUGUUUGGUUAAAAAAUGCAAUAAAUUAUUUGAUGACUCCAUUGAAUUUUUAACUCAUUUGGAAAAAGAACAUUUAAUUGACCCACAUUAUAUAUAUCCAAAAAUUAAUCGUACAGCUGUUAUAGAUAUAGAAAUUAAGCCAAUUAGUAAACAGCAGGGGGUAGAGGUAUUUCUAUCGGAAAAUAUAAUUCUGCAAUACUGGGCAAAACCAUUAAUUGGAUAUGAUAUAAGUUAUGAUUACUCGUCUCCACCACCAAAACCACGUGUAAUAUUUGAUUUUCAUAAUAAACUGCAAUUCCCUCCACUUGGAUGUAAACCACGUAAUAUCAAAAAAUUAUAUAAACAAUUGUUGGUACCAGCUCCUUCCACAUCCUCAAUUCUGACAACUAAUGCUGGAGGUGUAAAUACUUCAAUACUUUCUAAACCAACCUAUGCAGAGGUUGCUGCCUCUUUCGGCUCUAAGUUUUAGAGUAGCUGACAGAUUUCAAUAUUUUACCAUUAACCCAAUAGUAACAAACAAAUUCAUACAUCAUAGCAGUUCCAGUUCCUGUAUAAAAUAUAAACAGCAAAUGUCAAACCAAGGAUAUCAUAAACUAUGCUUUUACGAUCUGAUUUUCUUUCUUAAUUUUAGCAGUGAUUUCAAACCAUUGCGAUAAAUAAUUAAUUAAUCUAAUGCUUA